AUGGCCCCUCCAACAGCCGCAAAAAGACCGCACGCCGCCGUGAGCAAAGGUAGCGCAAACAUGUCUACCAUCGAACCAUGGGCCGAGCUACCGUAUCCCAACUUUGACUGCUCAAAGUACAAUUACAUAUUGACCGACGACGGCGGGUUCUGGCAAUUGCAACAACAGCAUUCGCCCUCAGAAGAGCUCCCCAACGUUGUACCGCGCAUCGCGACGAGCAAAUCGCCCAUACAAAAAGUCCAAGAUAUCGAAUGGACCUGUCUAUCGGCAGCAUGUCCUUCGAAGCCAUUCAAACGGAAAGUCGACCUCGACAAGCAUUACAAACAGGCUCAUGUCGAUAGCCAAACCACGGCGCCUUCGCCCGCGCUCUCCCUAAAAGAUAUCACGCCCGCGACAAGCACCAGUAAUCCAAGUCCCAAAAUCACAACCAAGAAACCGCCAGCUGGCACCAGCAAGGCUAAGGGCAAAGCUGCGGGCGCAGGAGCGGCGGGGGCGACAGGGACGGCGACGGCGACGGCGACAGCGGCGCAAGGGAACAGGAAUAACAGCAUAAACGGCGCGGGCAACAACAGCAUCAGCAACAAGGACGGCACCGCCGGGGUCUUCCUCUGCGACUAUCCGGCAUGCAACCGCAAGAACGAACCGUUCAACCGCAAGGACCGGUUGCGCAUCCACCUUACCGACGUCCACAAGGAGGACGUGAGCGCAAAGACGUUUGAGAUGACGGUCGCGUGGCUGCAGGAGCGCAAGAUCUAUCCCAAGUGGUGGCGGUGUUCCAAAUGCCUCGACAGGGUCAAGAUCGAGGAGAGCGGGUGGUCAUGUCCGCGGGACGGGUCCAAGACGCAUCGCGGCGUCAGCAUCGUCCUUUGUGUCUCACCGGAUCGUUCAUCGCAUCCCACCCCCAUCAUCGCCAUUUGCAUCGCGUCGCCACACCAAGGGGGAUCACAGUUCAUUUUCAGCCCUCCUGGCAUUAUUGCCUCUACUGGGCUUGUUGUCAGUAACUUGAUUCCCCAUCCAUCUUCUAGGACAGAUUUUGCUCCGUCUGGGUAG